AUUCCGGAAGUGCUUUUACUUAAACAUCUCUCGAUAUCUAGUCAAUGUUUACAUCACACUUACCGCACUAAUUUUAAAAGGAUUAUCCAGGUCUAGUCUAAAUACAGACGACUAGAUUAGAUCUAGUGUAGGAUCAAUUUUUUUUACUAGCAUUAGAUCUACAUAAGAAAAUGAAAAAUGAGUCUGGUGCCACUUAUACAAUACCCAUUCCAGACACCGUUGUGUGUAUAGAAUUCUCACCUUUCGAAUGGUCUUGCCAAUUGUUGGCAGUCGGCACAUCUUCAGGCAUUUCUGUUUACUCUUGCAGAUUUUCGGAAGAAGAUGCAGAGAUUACUAAUGGCAUUGAAUAUAAACUUUUGAGAGAAUUUUCCAGCAAGAGUUAUUGUCUGGCGAUAGCAUGGAGUCCUCAGUCAUCUUUGAAUUGUGUGCCAAAGAAUCUUACUUUUGCAGCUGCAUCCGAUGACAGAACUCUGAAAAUAUUUUCUACAGACAUGAAUUUGAAAAAUUCUCAAACAAUUCUUAAAGGGCACAAAGGAUUUGUAAAUGCUAUCACUUUUGAUCCCAAUGAGGGCAGUCAGCUUGCUAGUACUGGAGAUGAUCUAACUUGUCGGAUUUGGUCUCUUAAUUCUAAUCAACCACAACAGGAGACCAUCUUUCAUUUAACAUCUCCUGGUGUGUCCGUUUGUUGGCAUGCUGAUGAGCCUUUCAAAUUGAUGGUGGCACAAAAUGAUGGAACUAUCAAAUUUUUUUCUCUUCACAAUCAUCAACUUAUAUUUAGUUUAAGCUGUGGCCAAGGACCUUUGCUGUCUGCUGACUGGUCAAGGCACAAUAACCUGUUAGUAGGUGCUGUGUCUGGCUCUGAGUGGAUGGUCUUCAACAUAUCCUUGUCUAGUUUACCAAUAGAAAGACGUCAGGCUCACAAUGAAGGGGCUAUUAACUUUCAGUGGUCUCGAUGUCAUGAAUUAUUACUGGCAACCUGUGGUAGACCAGGGCAUCAAUUAAAAGUAUUCAACAUAAGACACCAGCAACUUCAUGUGAAUGCCAGCUUGAAAACAUCCUAUGGGUUAUCUUGGCACCUCCAUCUCCCACUUGUAGCUGUUGGUGGGGACAAGGCUGUACACAUUUGGACCAUUGAAUCUAUUUAACACUCACAUGUUCUCUGUAUUCAUUUCUUUUGAUUUCAUCAUGUAAAAUAAAGUUUUUAUUAGACCAAUGUCAAGGUCUGAUUAAUGUU